AUGAACGAGACACUUGGCCGGACGACGACUGCGACAAAGAACACCGACGAUGUAUGUGUCGGCGGAGCCUCCUCCGAAUCGGACCGGCUGCGAAAGAAAGAAGAGGAAAUCGUUUCCCUGAAAACCGUAGUGCAGAGCAUCGACGUGCUGAAGCUUUUGCUGAACGACUACGGAGGUUCGAUAGAUUCGUUGAAACUGCAACUCAAGAAGAAGAACCUAAGCAUCGAGCACUUGCAAUUCAGACUGCACAGAAACAAACUCGAUUCGUCGGUCGAUCUCAAAGAGCACGAAGUUUUCGUGCCCGGACACGACAAGGAGGUUCUCAACCAGCUGCUGAGGGAGAACGUGAGAUUGCGAACCGUCGUGAACUCGAAUUACAGUUCCGAGGAAGUGGCGGAAGCAAAGAAGACGAUCGCCGCUCUCAGGAUAAGGAUCGCCGAACUUUCGUUCGAGGUCCGCACGAAAGAUAAGGAGCUGACCGAGUACCUGAGCGCUACGAAUUCUUCCGACUCGGAAAAGGACGUCGCUAUUAGAAAACUGACGUCGGAGCUGAAGGAGUGCUACGGACAGCGCAAUUACGCCGACGACGUCCGUCGAACGCUCUGCCGCGAGAUCGAACGGAUGAGAUCGAAGAUCGACGAUCUGGUAACGGGAAAGAUCGACGUGGCUCGUUAG